CAGGAGAAGAUGGCGGUCUCCACAGGAGUUAAAGUUCCACGUAAUUUUCGCUUGUUGGAAGAACUUGAAGAAGGACAAAAAGGAGUAGGUGAUGGCACGGUUAGCUGGGGACUUGAAGAUGAUGAAGAUAUGACACUUACAAGGUGGACAGGCAUGAUUAUUGGGCCACCAAGGACAAAUUAUGAAAACAGAAUAUAUAGCCUGAAAGUAGAAUGUGGACCUAAAUACCCAGAAGCUCCUCCAUCAGUUAGAUUUGUAACAAAAAUUAAUAUGAACGGAAUAAAUAAUUCCAGUGGAAUGGUGGAUGCCAGGAGCAUACCAGUGUUAGCAAAAUGGCAAAAUUCAUAUAGCAUUAAAGUUGUACUUCAAGAGCUAAGACGUCUAAUGAUGUCCAAAGAAAAUAUGAAGCUUCCACAGCCACCAGAAGGACAAACGUACAAUAAUUAAUUUUAGUGAAUCUCAAACUUGUCUUAAAUCAACAACCUUCUACUCAUAUUAAUGUCUUGAUUAAAUAUCACAAUGCAAAAUACCCACACAUUAAGUAAAAGAAUUCCAGCUGGUAAACAUGACCCAGACAUUUGUAAGGAUAUAUUUAACAUAUGUACACCCAUUAUGUUUUCAGGUAACAGGAGGAAAAAUGCAGCACAAUUUUUCUUUCUCUUGUUAAGGCACUGUCAUUUAAACAUGAACCUGGAGUACUCGAAAUAGAAUUCAGGUUUACAAGAGGAAAGCAUGGGAAGAAGUGUCAGAUGGCAGUGGAAACUUGUGUGUUUCUGAAAAGUAAAAUCUCAAGAAAGAAAACAGAAAUGGCAUGCUUUAUCCAUCUUGCUUAGUGAAAGAGCUGCAGUGAAAUUGUUUUAAGUAGCAGGUACAAUGAAUAUUGUCACAAAUUGUGGUAAUUUUUGAAGCAGUGUGGGUGCUGACUACUAGUAGUAUCAAAAAUAUGUUCAGGAUUGUUUUGAUACCUGUAUUUAUAAUAAAAAAUGUUGGGGGGUCGAUGAAUUUCUGUUAAAAGCUGUUCCUGUGUGUUACAUGUAACAGACAUGGUAAAUAUUUGUUUACAGUCUUUGUUUAAUAAACCAUGCAUUUAAGUUUAAUUGAAGUCAACAAAAAGGAAAUAGGUGUAUGGAUAUGUGAUUUUGAGAUUAAAGUUAGUCU